AUGGUAAAAGAUCCCACUGAGAGUGAUGUUGAUUGUGGUGGUACAAGUGGAUGUGGUCCAUGUGCUGAUAAUUUAAUAUGCACUCAAGACGCAGAUUGUGUCAAUACCAAGUGUCUCAACACCAAAUGCGCUCCACUGUGUCAAAACCAACGAAAAGAUUCGACUGAAAGUGAUGUUGAUUGCGGUGGAACAAGUGGAUGUGGUAGUUGUGCUGAUAUGUCAACGUGCACUGGAGACGCAGAUUGUCUUAAUACCAAAUGUCUUAACAACAAAUGCGCUCCCCUCUGUCAAAACCAGCGAAAAGAUCCCACUGAAAGUGAUAUUGACUGUGGUGGUACAACUGGGUCACUCUGCAACAACAUGGUAAAAGAUCCCACUGAGAGUGAUGUUGAUUGUGGUGGUACAAGUGGAUGUGGUCCAUGUGCUGAUAAUUUAAUGUGCACUCAAGACGCAGAUUGUGUCAAUACCAAGUGUCUUAGCAGCCAUUGCGCCCCACUUUUGUGUCAAAACGGUGUACAGGACACGGGUGAAACUGAUGUUGACUGUGGUGGUAGCACCGGGUGUGCUACAUGUGCGGACAUGAUGGUGUGCAUUGUGGGCACCGAUUGUGCGAGCAAUAACUGUGUUAUGAGUACGUGUGCAGACUCAUGCUUUUCUGGAGAUGAUAAUGUUACAUUGGCUGAUGGAAGCCUAAGAGCUAUACGUGAUCUUCAGGUUGGCGACUUAGUUUGGACAAUAUCCGAUGAUACAAAGACGUUGGUUUUAUCUGAAGUUUUUGUUAUGCCACACAAUGUACGAAACAGAAUAGUUCGUUUCUACACGGUCGAAACAGUUACUGGUCAUCGCUUUAGCCUUACUAGUACACACUAUGUUCGUGUUUCACAUUUUGAAUACUUGUCAGCUUCUCAGUUGAUAUUGAAUCAUAGUUUGUAUGUAAUCGAUAAAACAGCUGGUAAUAUUAGAGAAGCUCGCAUUCGAAGCAUUAUAAUUGAAGACAAGCAAGGCGCUUUCAAUCCAUUAACAUUACAUGGGACACUUCUGGUCAAUGGAAUUUUUGCUUCAUCAUAUACGAGAGCAUUUGGUUGGUCACAUGAAACCUUUCAAAAUAUGGCCACACCGUUUCGAUUAUUGUAUUAUGUAACCAAAUAUCUAGUUGCUAUACCCAUAGCUCUUGCUAUUUAUACUUCAAUUGGAUCUGAACAACAAAAACAACAAGCUGAGAAGAAACAAAAGUUUGAUUUUGAACAAUCAAGAGAAUUAAGACAACAAACACUUUAUGAUGAAUUUUUAAAUAAUAUUUAUAAAUUAGAUAAAGAUGGUUAUCUUAAUGACAUAAAAAAUCCAUGGGCAUUUGCAAAUGCAUAUUAUCGUGCUGCUCAUCGCCAAUGGGAUACAAUACGUAAUGCAGAUGUUAUACAAUUUCUUAAAGAAAAACAAUUAAUUGGUAGAAAUAAUUGUAGUAAUGGAUGUCGAACGACAAAAUUAGAUGAUAUAAUUCGUUUGAAUGAAUUAAGUUUUGAUAAUGUACGUCUAACAAGUGAAACUGGUAUAUUAAAUAAGUUGAAUUUACAAUGCAUUUCUUUUGAUCAGAUAUCAAUAUCAAAUGGGGAAUUUUUGUCUGUUAAUUUAAAUGGUGUGUCAUUUGAUGGAGCACGGUUAGAUAACGUGAAAUUUGAUGGUUCAUCUUUAGUUUGUGUUAGUUUUAAUGGUGCAAAUCUGACAGGUGCACACUUUUCAAACAGUGAUUUAUCAGGAGCUAAAAUAACGGAAGAUCAAAUAAAGCAGGCAUACUUUUAUAAUGUAACUAUGUCAAACGGAAAGAAGAGUGAAACUACAUCUUCAACAACAACAAAAAAACCUAUGACACAAAUAACAACAAUGCUAAAAACAAAAACAUCCACAGCAUCAUCGUUAUCCUCAACAACAUCAUUAAUAAUAGCUCCAUCAACACCAUUGAUAACAGCUCCAUCAACAUCAUCAUCAUCAUUAUCAUCAACAACAUCAUCGACAUCGACAUCCUCAUCAACAACAGCAUCAACAACAAUAACAACAACAUUAACAACAUCAACAACAACAACAACAUCAGUCGCCUGUAAUAGUACAUUUCUAAAUCAAACUAUUUACUCACUUGGUUUAAGCCCAUAUGCAGUAGCCGUAGCCGAUGUGAACAACGACAAUCAACCAGAUAUUGUUACUGCAAAUUGGGUUUCGGGCACCGUCAGUGUUCUUCUCAAUGCAGGCAACGACAAUUUUUCUUCUCAAAUUAAUUACUCAGCUGGUUCACAAUCAUAUUCAGUAGCAAUAGCCGAUGUGAACAGUGACAAUAAAUCCGAUAUUAUUAUCGCAAAUGGUGGUACACACACCGUCAGUGUUCUUCUCAAUACUGGCAACGGAAGUUUUUUUCCUCAAACUACUUACGCAGUUGAUUUAGGUCCACAAUCAGUAGUAGUAGUCGAUGUAGACAGUGACAAUAAACCCGAUAUUGUUACUGCAAAUAGAGGUUCAAACACCAUCAGUAUUCUUUUCAACAUUGGUAACGGCACUUUUCCUCCUAAAACUACUUACACAGUUGGUGCAGAACCAGUGUCAGUAGCAGUAGCCGAUAUGAACAGCGACAACAAACUCGAUAUUGUCACUGCAAAUAUGAAAUCAAAUACUGUCAGUGUUCUUCUCAAUACAGGCAACGGCACUUUUUCUCCUCAAACUACUUACGCAGUUGGUGCAAUGUCAGUGGCAGUAGCAGUAGCUGAUAUAAACAACGAUAAUAAACCCGAUAUUAUCACUGCAAAUCAAGCUUCAGACACCAUCACUGUUCUCCUCAACAAAGGUAAUGGCAGUUUUUCUUCUCAAAUUAAUUACGCAGUUGGUAGAAGUCCACCAUCAGUAGCAGUAGCCGACGUGAACAACGACAAUCAAUCAGAUAUUAUCACUACAAACCAAAAUUCAAAUACUGUCAGUAUUCUUCUGAACACAGGCAACGGCACUUUUUUUCCUCAAACUACUUACGCAGUUGGUGCAGUUCCACAAUCAGUAAUAGUAGCUGAUGUGAACCGUGACAAUAAACCUGAUAUUAUCGUUACAAACUUUAGUGGCAAUACCAUCAGUAUUCUCCUACACUGUUGA